AAACGUGUAAACGAAUUUCAAUAAUUCUCAAGUUAGAUUGGUUGAGCCGCCGCAUACUGCGUGUCUCUUUAAGAGUUGCAGCAGGAAAAAGUUCUGAAUCACGUGUGUAGAGUCAGGUCAAAAAAGGGCUUGACAAAAGUUCUCACAAGUUCUGCAAAGACUGAGACAUUUUCAAACGGAACUAAGGCUUAAAUAUUAAGUUCUCUCUCAACAGCGUAACAUUUGAAAAGGGUUAAGGUCUCCUUGCGAAGAUCAGGUCAACGUUAAUCUUUAAAAACAGCGCAAUGGCCGGACUGCCUCAGCAAGUUAUGUCCGGAUUCAGGCUUGAUCUGGGACCUUUGAAAGAACCUUUGGGAUUUAUACGAGUUUUAGAAUGGGUCUUCAGCAUAUUCUCAUUUGCCACCACUGGGGGAUACACUGGGUAUACCGACUUCACUGUGCAUUGUUCCCCUAAGGAAGGGGAGCUAGUCACUGCCUCCUUCGGCUACCCUUUCAGGCUUUCAGGCUCUGGGUUCAACUACCCAAACUGCACAGCCCCCGGCUAUUCGGUGAAGAUGCACCUGCAGAAUGACUACUCCUCCUCGGCCGAGUUCUUCGUGUGCGUUGGGGUUUUUGGGUUCCUGUACUGCACGGCCACUCUGGUGCUGUACCUGGGGUUCCAGCACGUGUACCGGGAGACCACACGAGGCCCUGUGAUUGACCUGUUUUUAACCGCAGCCUUCGCCUUCCUGUGGUUGGUGUCCUCUUCAGCCUGGGCCAAAGGCCUAACCGACGUCAAGGCGAUGACAAACCCUCAAACCAUUGUGAACAACAUCAAUUUGUGUGUGAAAGACAAGUGCAGUCCAGACCGCUUCCCCGCCAUGGGCCGCCUCAAUGCUUCUGUGAUUUCUGGAUUUCUCAACCUCAUCUUGUGGGGUAGUAACUGCUGGUUCAUUUACAAAGAGACCCCUUUCCACAAGCCAGACCAUGCAUCUGCAGCUGUAACCGAUGAAACGGGACCGCAGUAACUAGAUUUAGUUAACCAUCCUCACUCCGUCUCUCACACACACACACACACACACACACACACACACACACACACACACAGGGGAGUACAGUGGAAAAAGAAUCAAUGAUUUCGUAUUGAUAUUUUCAACACAACUGCAGUGCAGUUGGCAGAGUUUCAGCUCAGGCUAUGGUGUGCAAACCUCAAACCUUUGGGCAAAGGGGAGGGGUGGGUGCACAUGUUUCAUGAGCUUACUGGAUGAGAUCUCUGCUUAAAACAGAAAUGCUACUGUCGUAAGAUCCCACACAAUUUGUCUUUUUCAUUGAAUAUCUAGUUUCAUUUCAUGCCUUUCUCACCAAAACUGUUGAAACUAAACUUGUCCGUAUACUUCUGUUAAAUGUUCCCCCAAAAAUCAAUAAUUUUACAGCAUCAAAACAGUCAGCAUAUGCUUCAGUGGCAUAUAGGCUAGCCUGUUAGAAGUAUGCAUAAGGCGUUCUUUUUUUACUUUAGGGGAAAGUAUGUUUUUGAGAAUUAAUUUAUAGUAUCCAAAAUAAAAGCUGUUUUUUGUUAAAGAAGAGACUGCAUCACCAAAUAAUUGUUUUGUAAGUGGUUGAAUCACCAAAGAAUGCCAGUGAUUUGAGCUUUGAUUUCCUGCUCUAGACAAUCUAAUCUAGUGACAUAAUUCCAUUCAAAUGAAAGUUUUUAUUUUGGGUUUGUAUGGAUGAAAUGCACAUUGCCUGCUUCCAUCUUAACACUAAAAUGGCUUGUCUUUUGUACUAUUUUUGGAAAAAGAGUCCAAAGUUGGAGAUAUGAUCUACUGGGGAAAACAUUAUUCAUAAUCUUACACCAUUGUUUUACAUGGCUAAUUUCUCUGGUCAGCGAGGAAUCAGAAUUUGAUGACUGGACGCAGUUUUGUUUUUCCUAAAGGACUGCGUUUUAUUCUCGCUCUCUUCCUGUGCUUCCAUGGCUGAUGUUUGUGAGGAAGUGCCUGAGGACCAGCUGAUUUAAUGUUAUCCAGAGAUAAGGAAAUCAAAAUGGCAAGGGCAAACUCAAUGUGUUGAACUGGCUGAUGGUGCCAAAAUACAAGAUUAACCACAGUGCAAUUUACACAGAACUAAAAAAAAUUCUUAAUUCUAAUUCUUAAUUUUAAAGUUCUUCGGUUUAGAUCCAUUUAAUUAAAUAUGAAUUAUUUUAGAAUUGAAGAAAUCACAAACGGAACACUUUUGUAAUGCCGUAUAUAGUGAUUCAAACAAUGUGCUGGUCUUGUAUCGUCCAGCUGUAUUUUUAGAAUGUAAAAAUAACUGGUUAUGUUUUCCUCUAUCCUACAGUAUAUGUUGCAUGUUGUGAAACUUUCAGUAAUGUGCCUUAAAGUUGUUGUAAUAUGGAUUUAUUUUGGACCUCUUAAACUAUUUUUAGUGUGGGGAAGUGAAGAAUGUAUAAAAAUAAAAAAAUGUAAAAAAAGGUAAACCCAGGGAACAUUUUUUUCAUGUACCUUACAUACUGCAAGCAAGGCUGACUUUACAUUCAAUUAAUUAAUCAUAAAAUGUCUGGUAAAUUCUGUUGUAUUUUAUAUUUUGUCUUAGGCCUAUAGGUGAAGAUACCUACAUAGUUGAUUGUUUUAUUUUUGGCUUUGCACUUUGUCUAUUUUUUUGUCUCUAAAUAUCCUUUGGAACAGGAGCGUCAAAUUUAAAUCCUGGAGGGCCCCUGCAUACUGCUUUUUUCGGGUGUUCUUGCAUUUAAGUCAUUGACUGGCUGAGUCGUCUAUACAACUUUUCUCCAACACCUAAAUUGGCUGCUGAUCAAAUAGGAAAUCCAGAAAUCUGAAAAGCCAGCAGAGACUGCAGCCCUCCAGGACUGGAGUUUGAGACCCCUGCUUUAGACUGUUUCAAAGUGAGCACUGUUCUAGUGAAGUCACUGAUUGUAUCAUUCUGUAUUGCACUUAAUAAAAGGCAGAUGCGGUUCA